AUGGCUGCAGAAGAUACAGAAGGAUACUGGGACAUUGUCAUUUCAUCACUUCAAGACAUAUGCAACGCCAACGAGUCUCUAUCGUUUGACGACAUUUUCUCCAAUCACACUGACUCUACAUUGGGGAAGCUUUCAGAGAGUGAGUUGGAAACUCUUAAGGAAGAGAUAAAUGACCACAAACUCAACAUCGGAACAGCCACAAGACUUAUUGCAACUGCUCAACAAAACUUGCUGACGCUUACAUCGAAGCUAGAAAAGGCACAGCAGAAACAAGAAACCUCAACGCGAUCUGGAAAGCUUCAAUCGGCGUCCAAGGGUGGUAAAAAAGCCAACGGCAAGAAGGGCAACAAGAAGUACGGUCGUCAAUAUUGGGUAUCAAAAUACGAUCCUUCAGAGCCUAUAAUAAUUGGUUCAGAAGUAGCUUUCAAGCUUAAGAACCGUCAUUUUGAAGAGUGGAUUCAAUGUGAGGUGACUAAAAUUCUCAGUGAUGGAACGAGGUAUGAAAUCAAAGAUCCCGAACCAGAUGAAAACAACAACCCAGGACAAACUUUCAAGGCGAAUUACAAAGAGAUUUUACUCAUACCGUCGGUACUGGAAGUGCCCAAUCUCAUUUCGUACCCACACGGUACGAAAGUUUUGGCGCGUUAUCCUGAGACAACAACGUUUUAUCCAGCUGUGGUGGUAGGUCAAAAGAAGGAUGGAACCGUUCGACUUAAGUUUGACGGAGAAGAGGAGGUCAACAAAGAAACAGAAGUUGAGAGGCGUGUUGUUCUUCCGUUUCCCCAGCGAUAA